AUGAAGAGCAUCCGUCGUCGAUCAACAUACUGGCGAGCAACCUGCAGCUUUAACCAAAUGCAACAAAAGAUUGGUUACAGAGAUUACCUCAGAGGCACGUUCAGCGACUUUGACAUCAUGACAUUUCUUGGUGACGGUCAAUGUUUCCCUGUGGAUUAUGUGAAUAUACGUGGAUAUGCAGCAAGGGUUACCACAGCACAGUUCUGGCAGGUUCAGGACGGUUACCUUGUUCACAUCGACAGCCAGUCUACUGGCUAUGCCUUUAAACCUAACGCUGGAGCUGCCCCAAGUGAAGAUAACUUUGGUUACUACGGUCACUUUAACAAGAAUUUCCGCCAUGGGAGAUGA